CUUUGGCAGAUUUCGUGUUCGCUGCGGUGAUAUUCAUGUAGAUAAUUGAAUUGCUAUUGCUUUUGAUUGAUCACGUUACGUCUACAUUGGUCGCUCAAGAUGCCAUUGCUGCGACAAACUACUCUGGGUUGUUAGUGGUGUCACAUAUUUAGGGUUUUUUUUUUUCUGUCCAGUUUUUGUAACGUGGGCUCUGGGAAUUUGCAGGGGGCUGCUUAGGGCCCUGCUCAGAAAUUCUGGGCGGGGAACUCCUCGAGACGAUGCCCCUUAUGGGUGCAUAGCUUGUGUGAAUCGGAUUCAGGCGUUUUCCGUUUGUCAUCAGUGUCCGAGUGGCCAAGGUUUUGGCUUAGAUCUUUCCUUUGCCCCAUCCCACAUUUUCAGGACCGAAGGUGUCUGGUUACGCGAGGACAGAAGGCGCAUACAAAGAUGUCCUGCAGUAAGCAUGAGCUCCAUCUACUCCUAUGCACAAUCACGUGGAAGAUAGCCUCGAGCAUUGCGAACAUGAUUUUCAAAUUUGCGUUUGCUACCCGGGUGCGGGAAAUUGUACGAGUAUUGCGAGGACUUCCACCCGACCAGGCUGUUCGUGACCGUACUGUUGCUAUCAAUGAGCAACUUGCCCGGCUUCGAGCAACCAGGAUAGCACAGGAGAAAGUUCGCGAGGAAGCGGCUCUGCGAGAGGUUCAGUUUGUAGUUGAGGAGAUGGAGCGGCUCAAGGAGAGCUUGACGGCAGCGGAGGAAGCAGCUGUUGAGUUCGUAAAUCAGAUAGGCGACCAUGCGCAGGCACAACUAGAGGAGGAGUGGGAGCAGAAGGCCAAGACGUUGGUGGCUGAGUUCAUGGCGGAGGAACUCCCUCUACCACGUGAAUCAACGCCCUGCAAAGCUGACGUUCCUGUUCCAUCCCUUGCACAGGAGGGCUCUCCAGUCUCCAACACCAGAACCACCGUGGUUGAAACAAACGUUACACCUUAAAGCUGGAUUCUAAGCUUCUUUCAGAGCUUCAUCAACUCUAUCGUUAUCCUCAGCACCUCCAUUGGAUACGAUUUGUUUCCAUCCUUGGAAGAUCUUUAGGGUCUUAUAGCACAUGAGCUGGGCAUAUCAGAGGAGAUUAAGCCUUUGUACUCACAAUGGCUGAUAGUGAGCUCACCUAUUUGCUUUCAGCCUCUGUUAGUCAUUCACAUGUUCAUGUUCAUGUUCAGGACAGAGACGUUAUAUACCAUUCAACUUCACCGAUUAACUGGUUAAGUAAAGUACACUGUGCUGAUCUCGCCCACCGUCGCCAAA